CAGUGUGCAAGGAAGAGAAGCGCUCUCUGCAAUGUUUCAAGAAGAUAGCGCUACAGCUUGCACGUGACCAUCAAUUACUCGGUAUGGACUAUUAUAUCAUUGCUUGCAGCAACAACAACUCAGGCAAAGGAUGGUGUCGAGAAUAUACCAGUAGGGAUGAAAUCGCUCAAUGGGUUGGGACCAAGGCUCAAAUGCAGCAUAUAUUUCCCCUCUACUGUCAACACGAGGCAACUAUCGAACAAGUCAAAGCAAAUGCAGCUGCAAACAACCCUCCAGCAAAGAACAAAAAACCAAAAAAUCAAUCCGAUAUGGAUAAAGCUGAACUUGUUGGGCUAUUGAAUCAACUCCUAGUCAACAUCAUUGGCGAUCCUGAUAAGGUAUUUCCCAAAAUUCCCAAUCCUGUUCAAGCCUUGAAAGACCGCAAGAUACCAGUUACAAUCGAACGCACUUCAGACUCCACCAUGACACCGGAAGAGUUUGAAAAAGGAUUCAAUGGUAUGGACACCAAGGCUCGACGUCACUGGAUCAGCGACAUCAAAACAGGUAAAUUCAUAAUCAAGAAGCAAGUAAUUCAACCCUGCAAUCAAGUGUCACCCACGUUAAAUACCCCUCAAGAUACUCAAACCACCCUCGGAGCCGCCGAACCUAAUCCUGAAGCUUGUGGAACUGGGACUCAAUCAUUGGGAACCAACACGCAAGCUCUUGAAAACCGACCAGGAGCCAUCAGUCAAGGUGAAGCAAGUGGAACUCAACCAGCCAGCUGUGGCCUUUCUUGAUUGUGUAGAGUGUCCCCAUAACUACGGAAUCUUGAAAUCCUCUACCUCUACUUGCUGAUCCUUGUUGGCUUUCCCUUUCAUUCUUGUUUUUGUUUUCUUUUACGUGUCCUCCCUUUGAUUGUCUCUUUUGCUGAGCAGAUAUCUUUACACGUAUCUCAGUUUCAUUCUUAACAUACUAGUUAUGCUGUGAGUUGUAAAACAUGAAUGAAAUCUUUCAUUUUGUGUGUUAUACUUUUUCACAUUGUUAUACAAUACUUUAACCUUUCUCAUAUGUACUCGCAGUUUAUAUAUUGAUUUUCAGAGAAAUGCCAUCGACAUAGUGUGACAAAGAC